AUGCAGUGCGGUACCAGAGUCUUCACCAGGAAUAUCACUCCCACCUUACCAAGCCGAAGUCGCAGCAAGCUCCGCGUGGUCAACACCACUCCAGUCAAACCUCAACCUUCAUACAACCCUUCCCCUGACUCCGACGAACUCGCAUAUCGCCUAUGCGAACUCUCCUUGAGAAAAAUGCAAAAGGAGGCGCGAGCCCAUGAGCCCGAUCUCCGACACUUCAUUGCUUGCAACUCCAUGCAGCGCCUUGCACAUCAAGAUCUCUUACAUCGCCUGGACCUCCUAUACCGGGCUGGGAUCCAAUCUCUACCCCUUCUUCCCGGAGUGGAGGACAUGUCCGAUGACGACGAGAUGUGGGACAUGAGGACCCUUGAGUUGGCUGUUUCUGAGUUAGAAAGAGCGAGCAGGAAGGGUGAAAUGGCUCGUCUGAUAUUCUACCAACAGAUCAACGAAAUGUGA